CGGGAGCCGCUCUCCGCAGGUCGGUCCUUGCGCUGUUCAGCCCCGACCGCUGCGCUGCGGCCCCCGAGCGGCGUCCCUGAGCCCCAGCACCCCGCCGUGCUGCUCCGAGCAACGGUGCUCAGGGGCUCCAAACUCGGGCUGCCGGGGCAAGUGUCUUCAUGAACCCAGAGGAUGUCCGGGAAGCAUUACAAGGGUCCUGAAGUCAGUUGUUGCAUCAAAUAUUUCAUAUUUGGCUUCAAUGUCAUAUUUUGGUUUUUGGGAAUAGCAUUUCUUGGAAUUGGACUGUGGGCGUGGAAUGAAAAAGGAGUUCUGUCCAACAUCUCUUCCAUCACCGAUCUUGGCGGCUUUGACCCAGUUUGGCUCUUCCUCGUGGUAGGAGGAGUGAUGUUCAUUCUGGGAUUUGCUGGGUGCAUUGGAGCUCUACGGGAAAACACUUUCCUUCUCAAGUUUUUUUCUGUAUUCCUGGGAAUUAUUUUCUUCCUGGAGCUCACGGCCGGGGUUCUGGCAUUUGUUUUCAAAGACUGGAUCAAAGACCAGCUGUAUUUCUUUAUAAACAACAACAUCAGAGCGUACAGGGAUGACAUUGAUUUGCAAAACCUCAUAGACUUCACCCAGGAAUAUUGGCAGUGCUGUGGGGCUUUUGGAGCUGAUGAUUGGAACCUAAAUAUUUACUUCAAUUGCACAGAUUCCAAUGCAAGUCGAGAGCGAUGCGGCGUGCCCUUCUCCUGCUGUACUAAAGACCCCGCAGAAGAUGUCAUCAACACUCAGUGUGGCUAUGAUGCCAGGCAAAAACCAGAAGUCGAUCAGCAGAUCGUAAUCUACACGAAAGGCUGUGUGCCCCAGUUUGAGAAGUGGUUGCAGGACAACUUAACCAUUGUGGCUGGUAUUUUCAUAGGCAUUGCAUUGCUACAGAUUUUUGGGAUCUGCCUGGCCCAGAACCUGGUGAGUGAUAUUGAAGCUGUCAGGGCUAGCUGGUAGAGUACCUGCAACAGCUGCCUCCAGACACUGGACAGACCCCGCCUUCCUGACCCUCCAGUGCACCCAACUGAUACCCAUGCUGCACGGACCCUAAUCACAGAGGCAUCCUGCGAUCCCACCUGAUGGAGCUGCCAUCAGAACUUAGUUUUUGGGGGGUAGAACUGGGAAAUGCUGCUCACUGACAGAAUUAAAAAAAAAAAAAUUAACCAGUAUGAAAGCCGUUGCGCCG